CAAUAGAUGGGGCGGGACUUGAAGCAAAACUCCAGGUUCUAAAAUGGCAGCGUCCAUGGAGCUAAGCUUGAACAAUUUACCCUCCGAUCCUUUGCUGUUAAUGUUAUCCUUUCUUGACUUUAGAGAUUUGAUCAGUUGCAGUUUUGUGAGUAGACGACUCAACGAGCUUUCCAGUCACAACCCAUUAUGGAAAGGCCUCUGUCUCAAACAUUGGCUCUUAACCGAGUCAGACAAAAUCCAGAAGGCUCAAACCUGGAAGGAACUCUUCCGAGAGUUCUAUACUGACUUGGGACACUACAUUGAUCAUUAUGGCACCCUAAAGAGAGCCUGGGAUGACCUGAAGAGAUACCUUGACCAGCGGUGCCCCAGGAUGAUUGCCUCUCUCAAAGAAGGAGCGAAGGAGGAAGAGCUGGAUAGCAUUGAGGCCCAGAUUGGUUGCAAGCUUUCAAAUGACUACCGGUGCUCGUACCGAAUACACAAUGGGCAGAAGCUGGUCGUUCCUGGGUUAAUGGGAAGCAUGGCCCUGUCUAACCACUACCGCUCAGAGGACCUGCUGGAUAUUGAAACGGCAGCAGGUGGCUUUCAGCAGCGCAAGGGCAUGAGGCAGUGUUUGCCCCUCACCUUCUGCUUCCACACAGGCCUCAGCCAAUACAUGGCCCUGGAGGGCACUGAGGGCCGCAGCCGCAGCGAGAUCUUCUACCACUGCCCGGAUCAAAUGGCACAAGAUCCAUCUGCAAUUGACAUGUUCAUCACAGGGUCCAGCUUUACUGAGUGGUUUACCUCGUACGUCCGUAAUGUGGUAACAGGAGAAUACCCAAUCAUCCGGGAUCAGAUCUUCAGGUACGUCCAUGAUAAGCAGUGUGUUGCCACCACGGGGGAUAUUACUGUUUCAGUGUCUACCUCAUUCUUACCGGAGCUCAGCUCAGUGCAUCCUCCACAUUUCUUCUUCACCUAUCGGAUCAGGAUUGAAAUGGCAAAGGAUGCUCUCCCUGAGAAUGCUUGCCAACUGGACAGUCGUUAUUGGAAGAUCACCAAUGCUAAUGGUAACGUGGAGGAGGUCCGUGGGCCAGGCGUUGUCGGAGAGUUCCCGGUGAUGACUCCGGGUAAAGUACAUGAGUACGCCAGCUGCACGACCUUCUCUACUACCUCUGAGUACAUGGAAGGCCACUACACCUUCCACCGCCUCAAGAACAAAGAGGAGAUCUUCGACGUCUGCAUCCCCCGCUUUCACAUGGUUUGCCCUCCGUUCCGUGAGUCAAUGGUACGGUCGCAGGGAUCGGCAAGGGAUGUUUCCAGUGCAUCUUUUAACGAAGAAAACUCAUCAGACACCGAUGACCAUAAUGAGGGUGAGAUUCGUGGCAUUAACAUGGCAGGCCCAGGGGGACGAUGUCCACGCCACAUCUGACACAAUUUUCUCACCACAGGACUCAAUUAGGAAAGGGGCUGGGAAGGACUUUCACAGUUACUUAAGAGUAAAGUUUGUUUUUAUUAUUUGUAAAGCUGUAUUUACCAUUGGCUGAUAGUCAUUGCCCUAUGUGAACCUUUCUACCCCAAUGAGAUACGACCACACCCUCUGCAAUAUGCCCUCCCAUGCAAAUCCCAGAUCGCUCCAUUGUUUUUCUUUUUUUUUCAACAAUGGAGCGAUCUGGAACUGGACAUUGACGAUUGAGAGCAGGGUUGUCACCUCUUUUUCAAUAGUAACAUUGUUCAUUCUCUAGCUGGCUGCCUAGUGCCUAGAGCUCAAGUGCAGAUUGUGCUCUAUCUAAAUCCUAAGUAUUCCCUUUUCUCCUUGGCAUAUGUAGUGUGUGUAGUCAUAUUCCUUAUAUAAAAUCCCACACCAUCUCUACAGGUCCACUGUAGGUAUAUUGUUAAUGCAUCAUCAAAAAGGACAUUUAUUUGACAUCUUAAUCAGAGAUGGUCACUGCCAGUGGUUUUCAAACCAACAAAAACCCCAAGGAAUUAUAUGGAAACACACAACUCAUAAAAGCUGGGAUGUUUGGAUAUGCUAACAACAGUGACAAAGAGAAGCCCACAUCGAAGCUGUUGAGCUACAUUGGAUGCUGUCUGUAUAU